AUGGUUUCUACUGGUGAAGACCCUAAGAUCCGAGCGCUUCGGGAGGAGUCGCCGUCAAAUUUGGCCACUUUUUGCUAUAAAGCGGUCGAAAAACUGGUCAAAUCGACGGACUGUCUCUGCAAUACAACACCUCAACAGCAGAUUGUCUUAAACAGUGUCCGUCUAUUGACACGAGUGUUGCCAUAUAUUUUCGAAGAUCCGGAUUGGAAGGGAUUCUUUUGGUCGAGUCUUCCGUCCGCUUCGGUGGCCACACAUGAAGACCACCACGAAGUGAGACAAGAGAACCUGCCGUUAGCCCAGUCUUUGCUUUUGGCCAUUUGUGAUCUCCUCUUCUGCCCGGACUUCACUGUGAGUCCGCUUCCAUCCAAAGGCAGUAAAUUCGGUUCUCCCGACUCUCCGCCCGAAGACUUGCAGUCCAUCGACAGUUGUGAAUACAUUUGGGAGAAUGGCGUCGGUUUCACGAAUCCGAUCACCAGUUCAUCCAUUUAUGACAAAAACAGAUGUGAGUUAUUAAGACUUCUGUUGACGUGUUUCAGUACAUCCAUGUAUAUGACGGCCACCGAAGCCGGACAUACGCCCAACCGAUGGAUCCAAUACUUCACUUGCAUUGAGAAUCGUCACGCGUUACCGCUCUUUACCUCUUUGUUGAACACAGUCUUCAGCUACGAUCCGACCGGAUAUUUACCAUUCAAUCACUUGCUGUUCAGCGAUUCCAAAGAAACUGUUGUAGAGAUUGCUCUUCAGAUUCUGAUCGUGACAUUAGACCACGAUUUCAGUGCAGACAAUGCGCACAACUUCGGCAGCGCCGCCGAAGACCUACUUCAGGACAAUCUGUUCAUUAAUUACUUGUCGCGCAUUCAUCGCGAAGAAGAUUUUGCAUUUAUUUUGAAAGGCUUUACACGACUGCUAAACAAUCCAUUGAUUCAGACAUAUAUCCCGAACUCAACCAAAAAGAUUCAAUUCCAUCAGGAAUUACUGGUCCUCUUCUGGAAGGUUUGCGAUUAUAACAAGAAGUUUAUGUUUUACGUACUGAAGAGCAGCGAUGUUCUCGACGUAUUGGUGCCCAUUCUCUACCAUUUAAAUGAUAGUCGCGGCGAUCAGUCACGGGUCGGUCUCAUACAUAUCGGAGUGUUUAUACUAUUGUUGUUGAGUGGGGAACGCAACUUCGGGGUUCGGCUCAAUAAGCCCUACUCGGCCAGUGUUCCCAUGGAUUUACCCAUAUUUACGGGCACUCACGCAGACCUUCUCAUUAUUGUAUUCCACAAAAUCAUUACAACAGGACAUCAAAGACUUCAGCCGUUGUUUGACUGUUUGCUGACCAUUAUUGUUAACGUCAGCCCAUACUUGAAGACACUGUCAAUGGUUUCGAGCACUAAAUUAUUGCAUUUAUUAGAGGCCUUCUCAACGCAAUGGUUCUUAUUCUCGAACCAAACUAACCAUCAUUUGGUCUUUUUCUUACUCGAGAUCUUUAAUAAUAUAAUUCAAUACCAAUUCGACGGAAACUCAAAUCUCAUUUAUACGAUAAUCAGGAAACGAAAUAUAUUCCACUCUUUGGCUAAUUUGCCCACAGAUUUCUCAAGCGUUCAGAAGUCGCUAAAUAAGAAGACAAUUCUAACUCGAAAACCGAAGUCACUAUUUAUGUCUUCCUCGGCCUCCACUUCUAGUCUAUCCUCCAGUCUAUCGACACCGACUUCUCCGACGACUACAACCCCUCCGACCAGUCCUUUAGAAAAGCAAGAAAUGAUUGCAACGACAGCUGCAGAUCAAAGCGAGAGUGCACUCAAUGUUUCUUUAGCCGCAACGCCAAGGAUU